AGCUCCUUCACUGCACAGGAAGAAUGACAGCUCCAAUGACUCUCGUUUCUGUCACCAACCUGGAGACUCCUUGCAACAUCGCUGUUGCUGGGGGCUUUCUGCUUGGGAUGUUGGUGAAUAUCCGUGGCUCAUUGCCAAAGGACAGCCAGAGGUUUGAUGUGAACUUUCUCUGUGGCGGGGACAGAAAGAAUGAAGUCGCCUUUCACUUUAAAGCUCUCUUCAGCGAGAACAAGGACGGCAUCGUUUUCAACAGCAAGCUGAACAAAGAGUGGGGCCAAGAGGAAGAGAGAUGUUCUAGCCCUUUCCACAAAGGGAAGAGCUUCCUGCUGCAGUUUGUCAUUACUAAAAACGGCUACCGGGUGAUUGUGGACAACAAGCCCUUCUAUGAGUACUCGCAUCGUAUCCCGAUUGAGCAAGUGAAAAUCCUCCAGGUGGCUGGGGCUGUGGAGUUGCAGCAAAUUGAGAUCUUCAAAGACAGCAACAUCAGCAGCUCUACAUCCCCUGAAGCCAAAUAGAGUGAUUCUGGCAGUGAUGUAGGUGGCACCCACAAUAA